AUGCUGCUCUCCCUCAUCCAACUCGGGUGCUUCGCCACAGCCACACCGGCGCCCCCCGCCGCCGCCGCCGCCGUCCCGCCCCGGGGCCGAUCCCUCACGAUCCCCGUCCGCGCCAACCCGCACCAUGUCCCCGACGGCCCCGCCGAGCUCGCAGCCGCCUACCGCAGGUGGGACAUGCCCGUGCCGGAGGGCCUGGAGACGCACCUCCUCGCCCGACGAGCUGGAUACUCCGGCAACACCGCGAACAACGACGCCUGGCUGAGCGAGAUCUACCUCGGCACGCCCGACGCGCAGCCCGUCUCCGUGAGGAUCGACUCCAGCGUCUCAGACUUGUAA